CGUUUGACUUCAAAAAUUCAAAUAUUGUCUAGCUUCUUGCCUCCAGGACCCGCAGAAAUGCUUCCAACUUGAGCGCCCAUGCUCCCAAGGUGAAAACUACCAAAACUACCACCUCCGCGGCGAAGCGCGAGGCGGAAAUGUUCUCCUAUCGGUAUCACACCGUCAUCUAUACUUCCAUAUCAAACUGCCCGUCCCCCAAUCCGAACUGUAACAUCCACCCUCCCAUUAAUCGGCACCCUCCUAACCCUCAUUUCACUCCCGCCUCUUCCUCAACACCUAACCUCAUCUCACCCCUCGUAUACCAACAAUUCGACGGUAAGAACACAAACGCAAGGAAUAACUCCUCUUUGAACUUCCUCCCUUUGCUAAUCUUUGGCUUUUCUAAUAUCACUUUCUUCUCCGCGUUCAGCGUCGAUGUUAAGCUCCACGUCGAGGUAUCUGAGACGGGUCUAUGUGGAUGUCGUUAUUGGCGUUGGUGAAGGAGUUGUUCGUUGUGAAGGCGGAGAUUUAGUGGGCGAGACGCAGUGAUGAGGUGGUGUUCGCCUCGCACAGGUGUUUCGGGAUGUCGUGCCAGGGGUUGGGAGCGUCUCUUGGGAUGGUCUACCGGCAAGACUCGCGGGUAGAGUUUGACCACCAAGCUGGA